GAAUAUUUAUCUCUACUUCUUCUCUCGAUACACUAACCAGCAUGUCUUCCAAAGUAUCUUCGAAUUCCUCAAAUGAGACAUUCAAACCCGAUUUAUUCAAAGGCAAAGUCAUCUUCUGUACAGGUGGAAGAAGUGGGAUUUGUUAUUCAAUCGUGCAAUCUCUCAUGAGUUUAGGGGCUGAUGCUUGUAUAGUAGGAAGAGAUGCAAAAGGUUUACAAGAAUCUGCUGAGAGAUUACAACAACAAACGGGAAGAAAAUGUUUAGCUGCGGCUGCGGACGUUAGGGAUCCAAAAUCUUUAUCGGAAGCUGUGAGAAAGACUGAAGAGAGAUUUGGUAGGAUUGAUCAUGUUAUUUGUGGAGCAGCUGGGAAUUUCCUCGCACCGAUCUCCAACCUCUCUGAAAAUGCAUUCCGAACAGUUGUCGAGAUCGAUCUUUUAGGGACGUACAAUACCAUUCGCGCCACUCUUCCCUUGGUAAGGCAAAGUAGAGGGUCAUAUAUACACAUCAGCGCGACUUUACAUUAUCGUGGAACACCGUAUCAAGCUCAUGUAUCUGCUGCCAAAGCAGGGGUGGAUGCGUUGAGUAGGGCGUUGGCAGCGGAGGAAGGACCGAGAGGUGUGAGGAGUAAUGUCAUAGCGCCGGGACCGAUAGCUGGGACGGAAGGAAUGGAUAGGUUGUUACCGAAAGGCAAAAAGGUCGAUACUGAGAUACCCCUACAGCGACAGGGAAGCACGACUGACAUUGCCAACGCGGCCAUCUUCCUCUUAUCCCCCGCAGCGGCAUAUAUAACCGCCGCGACUUUAGUAGUGGAUGGGGGACAUUGGCAUACAGCUUCUCAGAUCAUGUCAUACCCAGAGGGAGUACUAGAUCCUGAAAGUGUCAAGAAGAGUAUCAGGUCGCGUCUGUAGCAUUAGAGCAAGUGCAUGAACAUAUGACGAUUC